GUUGGAUAGAAGGAAUGAAAGAUGAGAAACAAGAAACAGAUGUGCAUUAUAAGUAUGUUAUUAUUUUUUAAAAUUAAUACAUUCACAAACAAUCCAUAAUCAGAUGGAAUGAGAGUAAUUGACUCAUGUUCUUGUGUGGUUUUCAGAUCAAUGACAGGUGAAGGAAACUUUAAUUGGAGAUUUAUUUUCCCCUUCAAUUAUCAACGAGCAGAAGAACGCAUCAUUAUUACAAGAAAGGUAAUCCACAUCUUUAUUCCUACUGUUCGUAUCGGAUUACAUUGAAGGCCGGAUUUUGGUAGAAAUGGUGGGGGAGGUGGGAUAAAAUUAGGGGAAGUGCAGUGGUCUAGUUCACGGCCCCCAUAGAACGUAAAGUCAACUACGUGUCGUAUGCAUGUACACUGUACAUAUGUAUCAGUGCAUUAAUGAACUCUCCAAGGGGAAGUGCACGAUUCCUUAGAGGAGGUGCAAGACAAUCUCAGGGGAGGUGCACCUCCCCACACCUCCCCUCAAAAUCCGGCCUUGAUUCACUUUCUUAGAAUUAUCUUUAUUGGCUACAUAUGUAAUAUGAAAACACCUUUACCUUCUAAACGCUAGGAAAUUUUACUGAAAGUUGUGUAAGUUGCCGAAUUUUAAAACGGAAAACCACACAUCAAACCACCACCUUCUAUCUUUUAGGCUUCUUUCUUCUCGUGGGAUGAAUCUGAAGAAAAGGUUCCUCCGCGUAUUGUUUUGCAAGUUUGGGAUGCCGAUGCGUUUUCCGCAGAUGAUUUCAUUGGUAAGUAACAAAAUGAUUUGAUAAGCUUUGUUGUGUUGCUAUCUAAUCACUAUACACUAGUUAAUUUGGAUGACUUUAAGACUCCCUAGACGCCCCCUCCCCUCAGCCGCCUACUCUAUCAACACAGCCAUCUACUCAGAAUAAUUCUGAAAGCCCUGACCUUGUUAAAUCACAACUUUUUUCCAGGCGACCUUGCGUUGGAUUUGAAUCGAAUGCCAAGAGGAGCGAAGUCUGUGAAGACGUGUAAUCUUGACAUGGCCAAGAAAGACGGAACUGUUCCUCAUAUCUCCUUGUUUAAACUGAAACACAUGAGAGGCUGGUGGCCGUUCACCGUUAAUACUGAUCUUGAAGAAAUUGAACUUGCUGUGAGUAUUGUUUACAACAUGGCGAAAACAGACAGCAACAAUAACAUCAAUAACAGUGGCAAGAGCGAACAACAACAGCAGCGCAAACAAACAACAAAUCUGUUAACAAGCUGUUCACAAGCUGUCAACAAGUUGUGUUCCCAUUGCUUGUUCCCAGUUGUUGUAACAAGUUUGGAAUAAGCUGUUAACAACUUGGAACAAGCUUGAUGCCAUUAUCAGACUUGUUACAAGGUUGUUCUAACACUUCUGACACAGUCAUGAUAUAACAGGAAUGUUACAAGGUUGACGACACAAGGUUGUUACAAUAUUGUUAUAUCAUGACUUUUAUAUUGUUAUACCUCCGCAGUAUACACACGCAAAAAUCUCACAUCUUGUAGCGAGUCUGCCAACAAGCUGUCAACAAGUUGUGUUCACACUGCUUGUCCCAAGUUGUCAACAAGUUUGGAACAAGCUGUUUAACAACUUGUAACAACCUUGUUGAUAUUAUCAGACUUGUUGCAAGGUUGUUCCAACAAGUCCGAUGCAGUCAUGAUGUAAUAAUAUUGUUACAACCUUGUGUCGUCAACCUUGUAACAUUCUUGUUAUAUCAUGACUGUAUCAGACUUGUUAGAACAACCUUGUAACAAGUCUGAUAAUGCCAACAAGCUUGUUACAAUUUGUUAACAGCUUGUUCCAAACUUGUUGCAACAACUGGGAACAAGCAGUGCGAAGUCGACUUCUUGACAGCUUGUGAACAUACUUGUUACAACUUGUUUGCAGACCUGUAACAGCUUGUGCGUUUUACGUGUGUACAUUAAACAGACGUACAGUGGUUUCUGCAUGCACUAUGCACGUGUUUAAUUUACCAUGCCUUGUUACACUUUGUUUUAAAAAGUUAUAAACUACAAAUUUAAGCAAUAUGUAUUUGGAAAAUAUUCACGUACCUGAUUCUUCCAACCAUACACCGUAGGGCAAGCUGGAAGCUGAGUUUGAAUUAUUGACUGAAGAAGAAGCGGAGAAGAAGCCAGCCGGUCAAGCAAGAGAGGAACCCGAACCUCUUCCGAAACCAAAGUACGUAUAGCUCUGGACAAACUAGUUACAGCUGGAAACAUUAAUGCGAAACAAUAAGUGUCUCCCAGUCAUGUUUCUGAAAUGUGGGAAACAAAGUAACCUAUCUUGAAAUCUUAAAUUAGAAAAAUAGAAGGAAAAUAAACAACUUGUAGGGAAAAGUAGGUUUCGAAAGAAAAAUGCUAGUUUCAAAGUGUAAAUAAUCAAUACAGUUAACUGGUAACAUUCACUUUCAGUGACAAUGUCCCAAAGUUCUUAACUCAUAUGCUUCUUGGCAUUUUCUAUAGUCGCCCAGACACAUCGUUCGUGUGGUUCAUGAAUCCACUCAAGUCGCUACGUUACAUGUUGUGGAAUAAUUACAAAAUGUGCAUCGUUAAAUUCCUCGUCAUCUUCCUCUUGCUGGCUCUCAUGGGAUUAUUUUUCUAUUCUAUGCCGGUAAGUUUUUACCAUUCAUGAAAACGCCCGAUGUCAAGUCAUUGCAUAUGGCCAUUCCAUUUAAUGUACACCCCCCCCUAUGGACGAGAAUUUCUGAGGGGGGUUGAAAAAGCCGUUUCUGAGGGGUUGUGUGCAUCGGCAUCCUUUGAUCUUUGCGUUUUUUCUGAGGGGUAAGGCAAAAAAAUUCUUAAUUUCUGGCAGGGUGUUUGUGUCGGCACUUUGAUCUUUUUUUCUUAAUGGUUCAAAUUUUACUGAACUCGUCUUUGGGGGGGGGGGGGUGUGUACAUUAAAUGGAAUGGCUCGUACGUUAUGUUGAGGUAUAUGAAUUUUUCGGUUACCAAAACAGAUUAUAAAUUCUGAACGCUGAUUGGCUAACAGCAGUGUUGAUAUAACUCCAUGUCAACACGGAAAAUUUUCCGCCGCUUGUAAACACGGAAAUUUUUCUUAUUCUUCGGGCUUUUGACAUUGCUAUAUUAUAAAACAAAUAUAAAACAUUUUUUUCCGUAUUGAUAUAUAGUUAUAUCAGCACUCGUGGAAGUUGGGAAAACUCGAAAUUGUAUGAAAACACUCCGCCCUUCGGGCGUCGUGUUUCCACACAAUUUCUCGUUUUCCCAAUUUCCACUCGUGUUGAUAUAACUGUAUAUCAACACGGAAAAUGUUUUAUAUUUGUUAAGUGUAAGGGUGUUUAUAUGAAGGCGUGCCAGGAUUGUUGUAUUCAAUUCAAAGUUCUUUUAACCUAUUAAUGUAACAUAUUUUUAAAUAUUUUUAUCAUAGGGUUAUACCGUCAAGAAGAUAUUCAAUGCUUAAUAUGGAGUACCACCAAAUAUUCUUUUAAAUUAUUUCAAAUGACAUGGCAUGCAUGUAUAAAUAAUUAUAAAUAAACGCCUAAGACAAUUUGCCCUAUGUAAUGAUAUGCAUAUGAUCAAUUUACGUGAUCAAAGAACUGAUGGCAUUUCGUAGUUGGUUAUUUUAUUUCAACCAGGAACGCGGUAUUCUCAUCACUUAUAUCAUUAAUAAUUAAUGAGGAAACUAGCCAAUCAUUUUACUCUGUUAUGGUCACGUGGUGAUGCCUGCUAAAGUAUACAUAGCAGGAAAUAAUAUUUUGGUUUCUGGGAUCCUAAGUUUUGGGUUCCAAGUUUUCUGCUGAGCUCAAUAAUAUUCUUCCUAAUAAAUUAUUUUCUGUGCCUGUUAGCAUUCUGCAAUGCCCUAAAUUUUCUGCCAGCUAAGCCAGGUAUGAAAAUUUUCUGGCAUCCUAGAAGUCAGGAUCCACCAUUAUUUCCUGGUAUACUUUGAACAUUAGUUGGUAGCUGAAAUUGAAGCCAAUAUUAUUAAGCUGUCAGAGAGUUGUUUUGUAAGAUACCAGGUCCAAAAUUACUGUUUCAUUGUUUGAUAGCGACAUAAAAUAUCAAUUGAUUCAGACCCACAGGUUUGCAGAUCACAAUGAGCCGUGUAAAUGGUCAUAUGCGUAUUUACUGUGUUGUAUGUUCACAGUGCAUGUACAAUAAUUAAAAAUAUAGCAUAAUAUAUAAUAUUUUAAGAAAUAAAUAUAAUUAUAUGUCACGUAGACUCGUAAUGUAAAUCUGAAAUGCAUAAUAAAAAUAAAAGCUUGCUGGAUAAGCUUGAAAUUGAGACAAAUUCUUACAUCGUCAUCAUCAUUCCUCGUAAUUAGAAAUAUUUAUCACUUUCCGGCAAUGCGUGUAGUACACGCGUGUGUUUAUCUUGGACGAUCGCGGGUAACUCGCGAGAAGAUCGCGAGCGGAAAGAG